CGCCGUGUCCGUCGUCGUUUGCGUCGUGCUUUAGAUCUGCCGGAUUUAGACCUCGAUUUGGACCUAGCGAUGCCUGAACUCGACCUCUCGGAGUUCUUCUUUGAUGACGCACGCUACCAGAAUCCCUUCCAACAACUCAACAAAGCACGCGCACGCACCGAGAAAACCCUUGGGGAUAUCGAACGCGCUAUCCAAGGUGUCGAGGCGCUCAUGUCUACAGAGGAGGAGGAGGGCGAAGGAACGAAGGAAAAGCAAGUCAAAGAUGCCAAGGUC